AUGAUAGCUUGCACUUUGUAUGUGAACUGCAAGGCGGCGCUUUUAGACCAUAUUGCUAUCGAUAUCGGUCUGAUGAAUCGAAAUCAUCAGGCGGUUCGGAUCUACGACUUGAUGAAACGGGUGAUGCAGUCUUUGUUGGAGUCACCCUGACUGACCACUGUUUGAAGGGUCAGCUAUUGAGUACACGCUGCGUUUGUGCUGGGCUGGACAAGCGGACUCCCAGCGACCUGGGCUCCAUUGUUCUCACACUGGCUUGCUGUUUAUGCUAGCUUAGAAGACUGGUGGAUCAUGCUAACCACAGACUCCAGCAUGACUUCUUCACCCAGCAUCCCAACAUGGCUGGACUCUCUGGGCCUCAAGCAGUACUCUGAUCUCUUCAGCAACUACAAAGGGGUGGAGUCCCUGCUGGUGCUGUCUGAAGCUGACAUAAAGAACCUGGGCGUGAACAACGGUGGCCACCGGGCCAGCAUCGUGUCCAGCCUCUUUCUCAUCAAGCACCAGAACAGGAGACGCUCCAGAGAUAUUUACAAGAUGCACUCAAGCUCCCUCCCCAGAGCCCUGCCGGCCAAUCAGAACUUCCUCCUGCCGUCACAUGACCUGAAGAUAAGGCGAGCAAAUGGCACCCUGCUGUCCCAGCGCAGGCAGGGUGGGAGUUUGAAAGAAAACUUGAAACCAUCAAAUUGCAGCACUCAGGGAGUUGGUGGCUGGUCCAGCCUGAGAAGAACCAUGGACGCCAGUCCGGAGAAACUGAGAAAGGACCUGGAGGAGGAGCUGAAACUGGACAGUAACGACAUCCGCAGCCACGCCUGGUUCCACGGGAUGAUCCCUCGCACCGUCGCAGAGAACUACGUCACCGGAAACGGCGACUUCCUGAUCCGGGACUGCAUCUCGCAGCCGGGGGAUUUCGUUCUGACGUGCCGCUGCAAGGGACAGGCUCUCCAUUUCAUCAUCAAUAAAGUGGUGCUGCACCCCAACACGACUUACUCCCGGAUACAGUACCAGUUUGAGAAGGAGAGUUUUGACUCCAUUCCCUCCCUAGUCAGGUUCUACGUCGGCAACAGGAAGCCGAUCUCAGAAGGCACAGGUGCAAUCAUCUACCACCCUAUCAACAGAACCUUGCCAUUGAGCUACACAGAUGCCAAGUAUGGCUCAACACAACCAGAACGGCAGUCUCCGGCCCCGGCUAUACUGCGCACUGCCUCUACUCCAAGUCCAAAGGGAAGCUCACACUCCACCCCUACAGGAAGUCCGCACGCUGGUCGGAGAAUCAUCCACGGCAGAUCAGGCAGCCAACCGGUGACUCUGUCCCCAGAACAGCUUCUGUCUGUCAGUGGAAGGAUGACAAAAAAUCCGUCGGAAAGCAACCUUCCAUCAGCAAGGGAUGUUGAGGCUAUAUCUCUGAUUAAGCAGCAAAGUGCUCAUUCGGGAAGCGCUCAGGAUAUUCGGGUGGAAAAACGCAACCUUCAGAGAUGUGGCAGCGAUCCAACUCUUCUCAGCCCUGGUGUGGAGCGACGGAAGUUCUUCCACGGGUCAAACGAAGCAGUCGGGUCAAAACCCCCUCCCAAGCCCAGUAGGACACCUUCAGUUAGACAACAGCAGAGACCAAAAGUUGAAGUGAGAAAUAAAGACAAGGACCAGUCUCCGGAGGAGGAAAUAUAUGUAGCCCAGCAUGACUAUUCUGAACUUGACCCUGCCCCUCCAGUGUCAUGGCAACCAUUGGCCAAGGGUGAAGUUCGGCUGGUUAAGCUGAAUGAUAUUCCAGACUAUGCUAGGUUAAACACUCCAAAAAGGAGCAAAGACAGCAUGGAGGCACGAAAGAGACGGAUCAUGUCCGACACAAGAUUCUCGGUCCUGUCUACAGCAUCUUUAGACAGUCUUGGGGACGAGCUGGAUGCCGAGGAAGAUUCCUUUGAGGAAGUUGUUCCUUCUAUAGUUAUCGAGACAGAGUCUUCCUUUAACCCUGUGGACUUCACCACGUGUUUGUUACCAACAGAGAACAAGCCAUUGGACAACUCGGCAGUGGUGCAGAUCAGGUCCAUGCUGCUAGAUGGCAGCGCUAAGACCAUUGCACAGCACAUGACCCGAGUUGACUGUGAAGUUGCCAGAAUAGUGGAUGUGUCUGAGGAGCAGGCAGCACAGAUGGGCGUGUCGUCAGGCCUGGAGCUGAUGACCCUGCCUCACGGGGAGGUGCUCAGGACAGACCUCAUAGAAAGACACACAUGUAUCUACAUGUGGGUAUCGGUGACCAUCCUGACGUGUACCGGUGGGGAUAAGGAGCGGGCAGGGAUCCUGCACAAGUUCAUCGAGGUGGCCGCAGAGCUGAGGGGCACCAUGGGAAACCUGUUCGGCUUCUCUGCAAUCAUGAAGGCUCUGGAGUCCCCACAUAUCUCUCGUCUGUAUGGCACAUGGGCAGCUCUGAGACAACACUUCACCACCAGCGCUGUCAAGUUUGACUCCAAGCUGAAGCCUGUGCUGAAGACGCUGAACAGCGCCACCAGCACCAUCCCCCUCAGCAACACCUGCUUCCCUCACGUCAUCCCCUUCCUACAGCUCAUGGCGAACGAUGUCAGCGACAUGGAACUGGCGUAUCCCUGGGACAGCACUGACGACUACGGGCUGGACACCGUCCUCGCACACGUGGACGCGAUGCGGAGCGUGGCACAGCAGCCGGGCUUGUAUAAGAUCACGGCGGAGUCGCGACUCCAGGGUCUGAAGGUCGACGACACUCUGCUUGACGUGUUUAGAACGGAGCUGCACAUGAAGCUGCUGUGGGGCAGCAAAGGUGCACUAGCCAAUCAGAAGGACCGUUACAUGAAGUUUGAGAAGGUCUUGAAGGUGAUUUCAGAUCGGGUGGAGCCUCCAGAAACUGAGAUGUAGAACAGUUUUACUGAACUCCUUUGUUUCUGUCAUUAUGUUGCCGUAACUGUAAGAGUUAUGUAAAAAUAAACUUCAAGUGUCACAUGUGUUAUAAUAGCAAAGUCUCUACCAUUUUACAUGUAAAUGUGUUCUUGCCCACUUCAACAUUGAUAUUGUCUAUUGACUCAACUAGUCUUCUGCUCUCUGCCACUUGCCUAUGAAUUUGGACAGUUCAUUCUUCACAACUUCAAAACUGUACAUUGUAGGUAGUGAAGAAAUAUAGAUCUGUUGUGAAAGUUUGUAUACAAAUGUUUGUCCUUAGUGGUUGGCAGCAAAUGCCUGUUAUAGCAAAUUAAGACUAAAAGGUAUAACAAAAAGGCUUAGCUGGUGUAUUCUGUAGCCACUUGCAUGCAAACUUUGUGUGACCUUAGGUAUAAAUCUGUAAGGUACAACAGUUGACAAAAACUCCACAAGGUCUACAUUAUAUGCUCAAAUCUCCUUGCGGAUUUGCCAGGUGGAGACUGGACACAGUAGAUAGUUGUUUGGCUGUUGUGGUUAUUAUUCAGUGGGCCAAGUUCUUUCUCUUCAUGAGCCAGGGACUGCUUACAAAAAUUGCACAAAGGCCUGUAAUGGCAGCCUGUACACAACUCAUAGUAUGCAGUGAAAUAGUUCAUACAGUGUGGCUGUAUUGAUGUAAUGAAGAAGUGCAGAUGGCAAAAGUUAUGUCUGUUUGUAGUUGUGAGUGGUUACAAUCUAUAGCCUUGUGCUGAUUAGUGUUCCACUUCAAGUUUCCCUUAUCCAUUUCUUCAGGGUUUGACAUGAUGUACACUUGAAUAUUGAGAGUUGUAAGGGCUUCUCAAAAUGACAAGAAAAUUAGUUAGGGAACAAAAGGCCAUUUCCUGAAUUGAAGUGAGGUGUGUCAAAGUUAAGGUACUUGUACCUUUCUCUUAAAGUGUUUGGAAGACAUAUACCGAUUCACUAGUUGAUAUUUUGGCUGAAAUAUAAGAAUACUAAAGAGUUCACAGAAAUUAUUUUUUCAAAAUGUUAUGCCCAGUGACUUUUCCUAGAGUUUGAUAUAAAACAUGCCCAGAUCUUAUCCACACACCUGUUCAGUCAACUUUGCUCUACAAUUACUCUAUAGUAUAAUGUAAGGUUCUGUAACUGUUGGUAAGGUAGGAAAAGCUAAAUUAGUUUCAACAUGUUUGUUAACCCUCAGAGGAUGGUUUGAAGUUGUAAGAAUCAAGGUAUUCUAUCUUGCAUGCUAUCUGUGGUGACGCAGCGUGACUAAGGUCUUGUUUUUGUGUAGUGUUUUUAUUUCUUCUAUGUGUACAUAGUAAUGGUGGUUUAACUUGUGCCAAAGAUGCCUCUACAACCGUACAUAGCUUCCUGCAUGCUAGUUUUGUAUGCUUUCUUUUGUGAAGUGUACAUUGCACUAUGUUGGUCUCCUCAUGUAGCCUUGUAUGCAUUAAUUCAUUCUUGUACAUUAUUGAUUUUAAUUUGUAUCAGAUUAUACAUACAUUAUGUGCAAUUUUAUGUAAAUAAUUUCAUAUGUAAUUGCUAAUGAUAUGUCAAAAAUAAAAUGAAUACCGUACUA